ACGUGUGAAUGAAGCUAUUCGCCGCAAGUCUGGCAAGGACAUCAGCAAACUGAAAGAUGAGCUGAAGGCCGAAGAGCUCGUGAAAGAAGGUGGCUAGAAACAUAGAGAAGCUUGAGGAUGCCAGAGCCAAGGCCGCGGUAAAGGCCCAGAUUGAGGCUGAUAAGAAAGCCGUGCAGAAAAGGCUGCAAGGGAGAAAGCUUUACGUGACGGCCAACCAAUUAUUGACGCAUCAGCCAGUGCGUCAACGACUCCGGCAGUAACAGCGUCCUCGUUCAGCGGCACAAGUGGGAAGGACUUAAAGACACUCGUCUCCAAAUCCGUAUGGCAAGUGGAGCAACGCCUAACACGACCACUUUGCCGAGUGAUGCAACGUUACGUGAAGUCGCUGAAUUUCUAGCUGCCCAGAUGCUUUCCGUCGAUGUAGAAACAGUCACAUUCGCCCAGCAUUUCCCCAGGAAAACAUUCUCUCGCGAUCAGUUUAGCAAAACACUGAGGGAACUCGGACUGACGCCGUCGGCGGUACGUACUUUUCCGAGUAUAGGAUUAUGACAUGGCACAUAUUGUCCUCAUUGCUUCCUAACACAAUAUAUCGGCUGUGACUUGGAAUAAUCGUGAUCCUUUCGGAAUGGAAACCUAGCAGGAA